GUCUCUCUGGGCUCCAGCCUCUCAGCCUCUCAGUUGGUGGCAUCUGCAGAGACCAACUUUCCAAAUACUGCGAAAGGCCUGCUUAAGUGGGCACGUAGGAAACAUGGAGGGGUCACUUCAUUGGCUGAGUAUCGUGGAGUUAAUACAAUCUACACACGCCUGGGGUCUGGUGGGACUGCCCAGGCAACUUGCAAAUUGCGUAGGAAUUUCCUAACGCCCAAGCACUUUGCCUCUGAGCGCCAGCUGCAGCCCCUAAGAAUCUGCCAGAAUCCUGACCCUCCUCAAGAUCUUGAAGUUCACAUUGUCCUUUCCAAAGGUGUUGCCCCCAGGUACACACUCGCACCUUGCUCAGAGGGUCUAACAUUGAUGGGUGUCUGGAAAUAACGCAGCAAAGCCAUUUAUAUUUAGAAGAGGCUGGACUCUCAUGGAAAGCUGACGUUGUUCUUUGGAGUUGGAUGGGGAAUGGAAAAGGAUGCGGAAUAAACAGGCCUAUGAUAAACUGCAUCAAAAUGGCUUAUCUCAAAGUAUCUAAAAAUGAAAUAAAAAGCACAAAUAUUGGGAAGUGGCUUGCAAAUGUAAUUCACU